GGCCGCAAGAGGCCGAGCGCGCGGCGCGACGACGAGGAAGAGGAGGAGGCGGCGCUGCCGGGACUGCCUCCUCCCUCUCCGCCCCUCGCGUCUCCUCCCCGCGCCACCGGGAAGGACAACGGGACUAGGCACGGGGACCCCGGCCAGUGAGCGCCCGUGUGCCGGGACCGCCCCUCCCGCGCGCUCUCUCGCCGCGAGCCCCGGCCGCUCUCGCCCCCGCAUGGUGCUGGCAGCAGCCAUGAGCCAGGACGCCGACCCCAGCGGUCCGGAGCCCGCGGACCGAGAUGCCGGCUCUGUGCCCGGCGCCCCGGCGCCUCCCGUGCCCCCGGGCCCGCGAGGGAUGCAGCCACCGCCGCCCCAAGCCGGUCUUCCUCAGAUCAUCCAAAAUGCUGCCAAGCUCCUGGACAAGAACCCGUUUUCGGCCAGUAACCCGAACCCUCUGCUUCCUUCGCCUGCCAGUCUCCAACUGGCUCAACUGCAAGCCCAGCUCACCCUCCACCGGCUGAAGUUGGCACAGACAGCUGUCACCAACAACACUGCGGCUGCCACCGUCCUGAACCAAGUCCUCUCCAAAGUGGCCAUGUCCCAGCCCCUCUUCAACCAGCUGAGGCCUCCAUCUGUACUCAGCAACCCCCACGGCCAUACAGGAGUGCCUCAACAUACUCCAGCCAUACCCGGUGCCCGGUUUCCCUCAAACACCAUGGCUUUCUCACCUCCCAGCCAGACACGAGGCCCAGGACCCUCUGUGGGCCUCCCUAGCCAGCCCCCUGGUGCCAUGGUGAUACACCCUUUCAGUGGGGUCAUGCCUCCGACCCCUGCCCAGCCAGCAGUCAUCUUGGGCAUUGGCAAGACAGGCCCUGCCUCUGCUCCUGCAGGAUUCUACGAGUAUGGCAAGGCCAACGCCAGCCAGGCAUACGGCACUGAGACAGACAGUCAGCCUGGCUUCCUGCCAGCCUCGGCCUCCACCUCAGGCAGUGUGGCAUAUGAAGGGCACUACAGCCACGCAGCACAGGACAGCCAAGCCGCAUUUGCUAAAGACUUCUAUGGACCCAACUCCCAAGGGACACAUGUGGCCAGUGGAUUUCCAGUGGAGCAGGCCGGGGGAAUGAAGGGCGAGGUAGGCGCGCUGCUGCAGGGUGUGAACAGCCAGUGGGAGAGCCCCCCUGGCUUCUCUGGCCCAGGCAAGGCCGAUCUUACAGCAGGGCCCAACCUGUGGCCGCCACCCCCCAGCCAGCCCUAUGAGUUGUAUGACCCCGAGGAGCCCACCUCAGACAGGACCCCGCCCUCCUUUGGAGGUCGCAUUAAUCACAGCAAACAGGGUUUCAGUGGGGGCCGGCGGCGGGCCAAGGAGGAGCAGGGGAUGCUGUCCGUGCGGCCCCUGCAGGCCCACGAGCUGAACGACUUUCACGGCGUGGCCCCCCUCCACUUGCCGCACAUCUGUAGCAUCUGCGACAAGAAGGUGUUUGACUUGAAGGAUUGGGAGCUGCAUGUGAAAGGGAAGCUGCAUGCUCAGAAAUGCCUGGUCUUCUCUGAAAACGCUGGCGUGCGGUGUAUUCUCAGUUCUGCAGAGGGAGCUCUGCGUGCCUCCCCGAACAGCACGGCUGUUUAUAACCCCGCUGGAAAUGAAGACUUUGCCUCCAAUCUCGGAACAUCAUAUGCAGCCAUCCCAGCAAGGACGUUUGCUCAGUCAAACCCCACAUUUCCUUCAGCUUCCUCGGGAACGAACCGGAGAGGUGAUGGCCGCGUGGUGCACAUCUGCAAUCUCCCAGAGGGAAGCUGCACCGAGAAUGAUGUCAUCAACCUGGGGCUGCCCUUUGGGAAAGUCACAAACUACAUCCUCAUGAAGUCCACCAACCAGGCCUUCUUAGAGAUGGCCUACACAGAAGCUGCCCAGGCCAUGGUCCAGUACUACCAGGAAAAGUCUGCCGUGAUCAACGGUGAGAAGUUGCUCAUUCGGAUGUCCAAGAGAUACAAGGAAUUGCAGCUGAAGAAACCUGGGAAAGCUGUGGCUGCCAUCAUCCAGGACAUCCAUUCCCAGAGGGAGAGGGAUUUGUUCCGGGAAGCAGACAGGUACGGCCCAGAGAGGCCACGGUCUCGCAGUCCAGUGAAUCGGUCCCUCUCCCCAAGGUCCCACACUCCAAGCUUCACCUCCUGUAGCUCUUCUCACAGUCCCCCAGGCCCCUCCCGAGCAGACUGGGGCAACGGCCGGGACUCGUGGGAGCUCUCUCCUUAUACCAGGAGGGACGAGGAGCGAGACUCAGGCCCCUGGAGGGAGAAUGGGGAGGAAAAGAGGGACAGGACGGACGCGUGGGCACACGAUCGCAAGCACUACCCCCGGCAGCCGGACAAGGCCGAUGUGGAUGAGCGACUGGAAGGAGGGAGGGGCUACCGGGACAAGUAUGCAAGAUCCGGGUCCCCCAUCCCAGUCCACUGUGCAUCAAGCUACAAAAGCCGGGAAGACGGCUACUACCGGAAAGAGCCCAAAGCCAAAUCGGACAAGCAUGUGAAGCAACAGCAGCAGGAGGCCCCUGGACGGUCCAGGCGGAAAGAAGAGGCCAGGCUGCGGGAGAGCAGGCACCCCUACCCCGAUGACUCAGGCAAGGAAGCCGGGCUGGGGCCCAAGGUCACUAGGGCCCCUGAGGGCGCCAAGUCCAAGCAGAGACCUGAUAGAGACCAAGAAGGAGCUGAUGAUAGAAAAGAAAGCAAAAUGACGGAGAAUGAGGCCGCAAAAGAGGAACAAGAGGGCCCAGAAGAAAGCCCCCUAGCCGUGGACGGACAGGAGAGAGAAACAGGGGCCUCUGACCCAGAAGACACAAGGACAAAGAAGGAGCAAGCCUGGGAGAGUGGGAGUGAGACAGAGGGAGAGAGCUGGUAUCCCACGAACAUGGAGGAGCUGGUGACAGUGGAUGAGGUGGGGGAAGAGGAGGAUUUUAUCAUGGAACCUGACAUCCCAGAACUGGAAGAAAUAGUGCCCCUUGAGCCUAAAGACAAAAUCUGCCCUGAAAUACGUUCCUGUGUGGCAGCCACCACGUUAGACCUGGACUUGGCCAAGGCAGGAGUCAGGGAAGACUUAGGGAACAAGGCUGCAGAACUGAGCCUGAAGCCGCCCAGACAGCUGCCUUCUGCCUCCACAAGCCAUCCCAGUGACAUGGACAUGGAAACGCCUGGCCUAAAUCUGGAUGCUGAGCGGAAGCCAGCUGAACGCGAGACCAGCCUCUUGCUGGAGGACUCAGAUUGCUACGAGAAGGAGGCAAAGGGAACAGAGGGCUCAGAUGUUCAUCCGGCCCCUGCAGUCCAGCAGAUGGCUUCCCCCAAGCCAGCAGAGGAGAGAGCCCGGCAGCCUAGCCCAUUUCUUGAUGACUGCAAGGCCAAGGGGACCCCUGAAGAUGGGGCUUGUGGAGGCGGCCCCCUGGAGGAGAAAGCCAGCCCCCACACCGAGACCGACCUCCCACGCCAAGCUUGCCAAGAAGUGUUGACCCAGGAAAACCCCAGGUACUUGGAAGCGAAGCCCCUGGCCGUGAGGUCCCCAGAAUAUGCUGAGGUGGAGCUAAAGCAGCCCCUUUCUUUGCCUUCCUGGGAGCCAGAGGAUGUUUUCAGUGAGCUGAGCAUUCCUCUAGGGGUGGAGUUCGUGGUUCCCAGGACUGGGUUCUAUUGCAAGCUGUGUGGGCUGUUCUACACCAGCGAGGAGAUGGCCAAGGUGACCCACUGUCGCAGCACUGUCCACUACAGGAACUUACAGAAGUACUUGUCCCAGCUGGCUGAGGAGAGCCUGAAGGAGCCUGAGGGGGCGGGAGGCAGCCCCAGGCCCGAGGACAGCGGAAUCGUGCCACACUUUGACAGGAAAAAGCCAUGAUGCUACCGCCAAUGCUGCCGCUGAUGCUGUCGUCGCCACAGUCCACCACCACUGCUGCUGCUGCUGCUGCUGGGAGGCGAGGAGGGCCUGGCCCACGCCUUCCUCUGGGGCCAGCCUGACCCCUACAGGAAGGAAAGCCCUACAGAGAUGGGUAAUGUGCCCAGUGUGCUCCAGGAACCAAGUCACCCUUGGUGACAUGCCAGCCACGGAAGGUCAAUGCCCCACGUCCUCUGGAUGCUUACUGGCCUCUCUCUAACGGUCUUUCCAGCUCACACCCCUCCCUGCCUCUCCAGCCCUCAUCUCCUUUCCUCCUUUGGUGCCCCAGAGCGCUUCGUUUUUUCAAAAUCCAACUUCUCAGGGAUUUUCGCAGUGCUCAGAUUCUUGAUAGGAUGUAGCCAGCCAGACCGAGUAAUGCGAGAGGUUGUCCCAGAGAUGCCUGCAUCCGCAGGGCCACUGUGAGGGACCGUCAGCAGGCUCCCUGCCUGGAAUUCACCUGUCUGUGUGUGGGGCAGGCUGAGACGGCCCCUGCAGGUGGUGGAAGCUGCAGGUGACUUCCUAACCCCUUUCUUCCGUUGACCCCACUUUUGGAAAAGCCCCAGUUGUGACCAUGCUUUUCAUCUCCCUGAUGAUUGCAGAUGUCUGCCUGACUCAUGCCUUAAAAGCAAACUGCAGUGCACUUUGCACAGGAAGAAAAGACCAUACUAUGUUUCAGAAGUUCAGAUCAAUAUCCUGCAAAUCUCCCGGAGUCAGGAGGUCUCUGGGUUUGUCCUCUCCUGGAUGAUGAACUUGACUCUCAAGCCACUUGAAUUUAAAAUGAAAUCAGAAAUGCCUUCUCUCUCCAGCUAAGAUAGCUGCUGCUGGGGACUUAGGUCCGCAACCAUGGCACUAGCUCUGGUGACAGUCCCGAGGAGGUGGCACCUGCUCUGGGCUCACUCAUGGUGCCUGCACCAACCUUCCAGUGGACUGCCUUGUGAUGGCCGCUGGGUGUGAGGAGAGGUGCAGGAAGCAGGGGCCACAGGAGCAGGUGUUUGUAGGAGGGCCUUUUUCCAGCCUGGGCAGAGGAGGACUCCCGGGGCUCAGCGCCUGGGCCAAUUACCAUGUCACCAUGCUGCAAAGAGCUCCUAAUUCCUGUCCCCCUGUGCUGGAGGUCCCAGCAAGGACUCUGGGAAGGGGCUGUGUAGGGGUUUGAUUUCCUCAGUUUCCUCUUUGUCGGUGGGAAAGAGUAUCCUGCGCCUUCCAUCCUCUGCGCCCAUGAAAGGGGGAGUGGAGAGAACAAGUUCAACACCAGCAAGGCAUGGGGGAAACGGAGGCACGGAAGGCAACAGCUGGAGAACCCACAGCCGUCACAUGCAUGCCUGGUCACUGCCAAGAAGAGAGCUGCUGGAAACCUGCGCGGAAGCAGAGCUCCCGCAAGCAGACUGACCUGUCUGGACAGGUGCCACCAAGAGAGGUGGAAGAUGCAAGGAAGCUGAGCCUGGCCUCGGGCCGCAUGGGGCCCUCCAGAAGGCUGGGCUUGCAAGUAAAGAGGCUGAACAUUGCGCUCAGCCAACCCUCCAUCCCUGGCCCACACCGCAGGUGUCAGCUCCACACUCUGCCUGCAGCUGCGCCUCCUCCUCAUCCGGAUCCCAGGAAAGCUGGGCCAGCCCUUUGACUUCCUUGCUGAACUCUGCGGCCUCUCACCAAUUCACCCUGCCCGCUCCUCCACCGCCCCCAGUGGCAUCUCCAUGGAAACCCAGAUGGCCCGACUCCUGAGGGAGGUAAUGGCUCCCUUGCUGAUACCCCGACCUUCUUUCUUCCCAGGGGAACUGGAGGAGCCCAUGGGUGGGAUAGGGGAGACGUGCUUUGUGCAUCCAAGCAGGGCCUUCUGAUUUACAUCCUCCACAAGUCUCUACUUGCGUGUGCGUAUAUAUAUAUAUAUAAUUUAUUUUUAUUUAUUUUUAUACAAUUCCAUUGGCAUGGUAGUUCAACAACCCUAUCAUUUGCACUCUAUUCACACACAUGAUGUCACACACAUGCAGCAUUGAAGGCUACCGGGAAAUAACAACUUGAUUAAAAAAAAAAAAAGCUUUUCCUGAUUGUUUUGUCACCCACUUCAAAGUGUCUCCCCCUACAAGUUGCUCAAGUGAAGUUGUCCCCUUGAGUGACAGAUUUCAUUUCUGUGCUGGGUUAUUUUAAGAAAAGGCCUGUGUCAUUUUCUCCUCACUGAGAACACCUGAAAUAAAGCACAUCAAGGCAGUGAUCUUGAAGAAUUUCGGUGACCUUGGCGUCGGCGUGAGCUGCUAGUAUCAGAGGUUCCCAUUUUUGGACAGUCUGAGGCCAUGAGCUUUUAGAUUCUACUUGAACUGGACCAGAGUUUGUUUUGUGACUUUGUGGGAAAAUAAUAAUGAUAAAGAAAAAAACCACUAGUUAAUUUCAGUUUGAACUUGUAAAGUAUUGGAAUUUGUUGAGUGUCUCAUAAAUUGUCACCACUUUUCCUUAUCUGUAUAACUGACCGCAAAGUGUUUUUACAAAAGGAAAACCAUGAUUUUUAAUAAAGAGAAUUUGAAAGCUUG